AUGUCGCCCCCUGGGAAGAAGUGCGACUCUCAGCGGCCCAAGAGCUGGCCAGGACAUUGCACUGUUACAAAUAAGGGAAAGGAAAAGGAGAACACCAUUGAGAUGUACCAUGAUCAAAUAAAGUGGCUCACCCAAGGAAGCAAAAAGGUGUUUGGAGUCUUGAAGGUUGGAGUUCUUGUUGACGCUUCUGAUUUUAACUGCUCUGAAGAGAGGCUACCAAAUCUACAGAAAGAUCUCUUAAAUCUCAUUGAGGAGCAACUACGCUUUAAGAAUCAACUGCAUCUACUCUCCUAUGGCACACAAGUCAGUAGUCUUUGGGAAGAGCCGGUAUAUACCUGUCCACUCAGGCUGAGGGAGAGUCGGGCAUGGGUUAUGCAGCUGGGGGCGGGUGGAGGCUGUGACCUCAUGAAGGCGAUGCAGAGGGUGCUGACCCACACAACACUGGACACACUACUCAUCAUCCUGGGCUCCUGCCCUGAUCAGGCAGUAGACGUUAGAUGUGAUUAUGUAGCAUGGAGAAGAAUGCCCUCUGUUCAUGCUGUCGCCUACAACUGCAGCAGUCCAGUUGCCAUUGAGACUGUGAAGCAAUUGGCAGCCGUUACUGACGGGAAAUAUCACAUGUUUUCUGCUGCACUGGUAAUCUUAGAAAGCAGUACCGAUGUGGAGCUGCUCUGGGCAGAGAUUAAAGCAGCUCAGAAUGUUCUUACCCAAAUUCAGAGCAUGCGUCAGGGUCGAAUCGGAGACAGAGCUAUCACUGUUGAGUUAGAGAUCUCUGCAGGUUUGGACAGGGUCACUCUUUCUGACUCUGUAACGUGUGCUGUCAGUGCACCACUUUGCAUCCAGCCCACAGGCCCGGCAGCCACCAGCUCCAGUGAAUGGCUGAAGAGCCACGGCCUGAAGGAGUGGUUCCACUUGGCUAACAGUCGCUGGAUCGUAAUGCCUAUUGUCCACAAGAGAUAUUUGUGCCAAUCCUGGGAAAGACUGUUUCCUCUGCAGUCCAUGAGGUGGAUUCUGGGAAUGGAGCGUGUCGGGAGUCGUAAUACUCUGGCUGCUCUACGGUGCGCUUUAGAGGAGGAACAGUGUGAAGAAUCAUCUCUGACUCAAGGAGUAUAUCUCCUCAUCAAGACAUGCUAUGUGUCUGAGUGCUGCAGCAUGGCAAACCUGAACCUCCACCUGUGCCUGUUCACCAGAGUGGAGGACACUCAGCUGCCCCUACCCCUAUACGCCACCCGUGCUGACAUCGCCCGGGCUCUGUGUAACCUGGCACAUGCGGGCAAUGGAUGAUUUCUUUGGAUGACGGAGACGGGUGUUUUGGAGAGCGAUGACAUCACUGCUCUAGUUGGAGAAAUGGAGACUGCUGCUAAUUAUUGUCAGAAGUGUUCUGACUUAGUGGACUCUCUGGUUUAGAAGGGAUCCAGCAGAAGUUCAGUAGAAGAUCUGUUUCAGGAGACGAGUACCUCAACCAUCCAACCCCAGGCCUGGGCCUACAGAGCAAAACUGCCUCCUCCAAGACCCACAGCACUCAGUCGCGCUAGACUGAAGAAAGUCAUACACAUCUGGGAUGGCGUGAGUGUUUAAUGUGUUCGUGUUCUCUGGAGAGGUGAGGAUGUGGAAGACAGUACUGGUUCAGUCCAGUGAUGAGCUGUGUAAGGAUGCAGUGCAGUGGUUGAAUUAGCUCAGCACACACGGAGGUUCAUCUGCUCUACAAGCACUGCAGAACAGGUAUUGAGUUUCUGAAGUGUCUGGCUCAUAAAUUGGGCGGUCGAUUUCAUCAGGCUCCUGACAGCACUGAUACAGCUCUAGUCAGAAAACUGCUGUCAGAUCCCUUCAGUGCAGAUCCAGGGCUUUCCAAAUUUGAGGGGCAUGAUCUGAGGAGACUAGUAGAAGAGACUGAGAAGCUGAGAUUCUUCCAGAAACAAGCCAAAGCAUUGAGGGAAACAAUUUUAAUGUGGAAGAAUCCAGAGGAAACAUAGACACUGAUCUCCAAUGCUGUUCACAUAAUUACACCCUUAACAGUCAAAUCAAGACCUUUUUUCAACCAAACAAAAAUGAAGUGUUAUCUUUUAUUAAUAGCCUUUGUUUUGUAGAAAUGUAAAACAUCAUAUCUGGAUAGGGUUACACUUUAUUUUAACUUUCAUUGUCAUUAACAAGUGUUAUAGAUCAGGUUUUUUUAUGUUGAUUUCAAACAUGUCCAAAACUGUCCUAAAUUAAAAUGUUUUUGUGAAAUCUGUCAUCUACCUAAAAUAACUAAAUCAUCAUAUUUUUGUAAUAGCUGUUGGGUAAACAAGCGAACACAAUAAAAGCACACUGGCAUACAUUCAAGGGUCAAAUAUGUGAUCAAGGUAGAUUUUAACAAAAAGGUUGAACUGUGUUCAGGGGAUAUUUCAUAAAAGUCAG